AUGGCUAUGGAAUUUGGUAGUAGAUCGGUACUUACUCUUGCUUGUAGUAGAGUAGAGUACUCCUAUCGCCCUAUCGAGAACUGGUUGCGAGCGCUUAGACAUUGCGCUUGCGUUUACUAUCAAGACUGGCAUCGCACGAAGCGACCGAGGGUGGCGGUCGAGGGCGGGAUAUUACCUGGCGUGAGAUCAACGAUUAGCAGCCCACGGAAUACACUCUCGUCGACGUCGGGCGUCGUGGUUGCAGUGGGGGAUAGCGCAGAGCCCCAAGGCAAUGCACUUCUCCAGACAAACGCGCCUUCAGCAUCUUCCUCUGUGGCUCCCACCGGCUUGCCCUUUGAUGAAGAGGCGAAACUCGUAUACGGUGUCAUCUUGUCUCUACGCAACAUGGUCAAGAAGCUCUCCGGGAGAGACGAGCAGUUCACCAAUUAUCGCACUUCCACAUACAAGCUGCAUCUGUACGAAACAGUCUCUGGUUACAAAUUCGUUAUCUUCAGCGAUCCGAACGCAGAAUCCCUUCGAAUGGCCUUGCGGUCAAUCUACGUCGGUCCUUUCAUAGAAUAUGUCGUUCGCAACCCUUUAGCCGAGAUGGACUCCAAAGAACGAGGGCUGGACAACGACUACUUUCGAGCGGGUGUUGAUAGAUUGAUCAGAGGUCUAGCUGUAUUCAAUUAG